GGGAAGACGUCACGGGCCCUUGGAAAAUAAAACGCCAACGCGGGAAAAUCCCCUUUCGAAAUUCGAAUUUUGAAUUUUGAUGUUGCGGAGCGACGUGGUGGCUGCGCAUGGGCAGGUCAGUGUGCGUGCCUGCCUACGCCCGACCAGGGUUUCGUUUGCCAUCGGGUUGCGUAUUUCAGCGGCGCUGCACCGCCAGUGCGUCAAGUGUGGUCGACGCGACGAAACGAAGACGUUAGUCGCGUUCGCCACGUGCAAGCGCCGCGGCGGUGGGUGGACGCCAGCGGUGGUGGGUGGACGCUCCAAUCGGAAUCGCGUUGUUGGGCCGGGCUGUCUUCCUGACGUGGUUGCAGGCAUCUUCAACACGUGGCGGCAUACGUGCACGGAGGUGGGCGGCGGUGGACGUCGUUUUUUGUCUACGAGGGAUGUGAUGGACGGUUGCGAUGGCGAUGGACCUGUUGUGCUGUCGACGACGGAGAAGACAGCAGUCGCGGCGGCUGUGGUUGCCGUUGUUCGGGUUUGCGAUGACGCGACAGAGGAUUACUUCCGGGAAAAGCUCCGCAUGUCGAGGAGAGUAUUCAUGGAGAUCAGUGAAGCAUCAGCGCCUCAUGUACAGCGGCAGGUGACGUUUUACAGGGAGCCACUGCAGCCGGAGCAGAUCGUCGCAUACGCGCUGUAUAGGUGGGCCACACGAGAGUCUUACGAUAACAGCACAUCAUCCUUCGGCAUGGGCAGGAGUUCCGGGGUUCGAGCCGUGCGCGAUGUGACAGCCGCCAUUUUGAGGGUGUACGGGGAGAAGAUAUCAUGGCCGACGGGGGUGCGGAAACAAGUCGUCCUACGGGCUUUUCUGGGCAAGGGCUUUCCAAAUUGCCAUGGCGCAGUUGACUGCACAUACAUCUACGUGGACAAAACGGCGAACGCGCCUAGCGAAAACUACUUCGACCGCGAGCACCGUUUUUCCGUCAUUGCGCAUGUUGUGGUGGACCUGGAUCUGCGCGUCCUUGAUGUGUUCGUGGGAUAUCCGGGUAGCUGCCACGACAUUAGGGUGAUCCAGCUAUCAAGUCUGUCGAGGCGCGCGGAAGAGGGAUUGUUGUUUCGUGGGCCGCAUGUGACGCUGCCGGGAGGGGUGACGACGAACGGAUACAUCUUGGGCGACAACGGGUAUCCUCCUUCUGAGUGGGUGGUGGUGCCGUACGGAGGAAUCAAUCAGCACCCGGACGAGGAAAGGUUCGACACGAAACAGAAGGUCGCAAGCGGGGCCGUGGAGAGGGCAUUCGGGAGGUUGAAAGGGAUGUGGAGGCUCUUCCUGUGGACGCACAAGACGAACCUCGAGAGUCUGUCGCAGCAGUUCACGGCGGUAUGCAUUCUCCACAACAUCCUGCUUGAUGCAGGAAUCGAGUUCGACGACAAUUUGUUGUGGGAGGUAGACGUGAACGGGGUGAGGCGGUGAGUGGACCUGGGGAUUCAUCGCCCUCCGCGGCCAGUGUCCAUGUUGACUUCGAUGCGCGAGGCUCAUGCGCUC